GAUGAGGAAAAGAGACAGUGAAAUGCCAUCCAUUCAGCUGCUGAGCUUUGCUGCUGGUCCUUGAAUAAUACUCUACAACGCUCUUAGAGAGCCCUGCACAAUCCAUUGAUGUGCUAGGGCAAAGGGAGGGAGGGGGCAGCUGAGAUGGGAAUCAGGAAGCUAUGAAUACAAGGCAGGCAGAGGUGGCUGCAUUUCAGUGGCAGCUGAAUUGCUCUGCAUAUUGCUGAUUCUAGUCUUCUGUGAUGAGCCUGAUUUUGACCUCCAUCUCAGCCAACACUAAACCAAUCCCUCUGAAAUCUCCCACUCACGAUCGGAUGCCAGGAUAGAAUUUUUCAGGGAAGUUGGCUGCAGAUCCAGUUAAGGGUUUGGGUUAGAUACAUGGGCUGCAGAAACAGAAAUGCUCUCACUUAGGCCUGGUCUACACUACGAGUUUAGGUCAAAUUUAGUAGCGUUAAAUUGAAUUGACCCUGCACCCAGCCACACAACAAAGCUAUUUACUUCAACAUAAAGGGCUCUUAAAAUCGAUUUCUGUACUCCUCCACGACGAGGGGAGUACCACAGAAAUCAACAUUGCCAGUUCGAAUUAGGGUUAGUGUGGAUGCGGUUCGACAGUAUUGGCCUCCGGGAGCUAUCCCACAGUGCACCAUUGUGACUGCUCUGGACAGCAAUCUGAACUCGGAUGCACUAGCCAGGUAGACAGAAAAAGCCCUGAAAACUUUUGAAUUUCAUUUCCUGUUUGCCCAGCAUGGAGAGCUGAUCAGCACAGGUGAUCAUGCAGAGCUCAUCAGCACAGGUAACCAGGCAGUCUGAGAAACGAAAAAGAGCUCCAGCAUGGACCGUACAGGAGGUACUGGAUCUGAUCUCUAUAUGGGGAGAUGAUUCCGUGCUAGCAGAACUAUGUUCCAAGAGACGAAAUGCCAAAGCAUUUGAAAAAAUCUCCAGUGGCAUGAUGAAGAGAGGCCACAAUAAGGACUCAUAUCAGCACCGCAUGAAAGUUAAGGAGCUCAGACAAGCAUUUCAGAAAACCAAAGAAGCAAACAGAAGGUCCAGGGCAGAGUUGCAGACAUGCCGCUUCUAUGCUGAGCUGCAUGCAAUUCUAGGGGGGGCCAUCACCACUACCCCACCCUUGAUUGUGGAUUCUGAUGAGGGGUUACUCUCAGCCAUGCCUGAGGAUUUUGCAGACGGGGAAGAUGAGGAGAAGGAGGAAGACGAGCUUGCACAGAGCACACAGCACACUGUUAUCCCCAAUAGCCAGGAUCUUUUUCUCAGCCUGACUGAAGUAGCCUCUCAACCCUCCCAAGGCAGUAUCCCAGACCAUGAAGCCAUAGAAACGAUACUCUGCUGCAAAUUUUUCAAGCCUCCCUCCUCCAUCUAGAAGGAUAUCUCAGAUAAGGUGGCAAAAAAAAACGCACACGAGACUAAAUGUUCUCUGACAUCAUGCAGUCAGCCCGCAAUGAAAGAGCUCAUCUGAAUGAGUAGAAGGACAUGGCAUCAAAGUACAGGAAAGAUGCCAAGGAACAUGAGGACAGAAGGGAUGAACAUGUGGACAGGAGGGACGCUCGAGAUGAGAGGUGGCGGCAGGAAGAUCAGAGGAGGCAGGAUGCAACGCUGGGGCUGCUGCGUGAUCAAACGGACAUGUUCUGGCAUCUGGUGGAGCUUCAGGAACAGCAGCAGGAUCACAGAGUGCUGCUGCAGCCCCUGUAUAACCACCCUCCCCUCUCCCCAAGUUCCAUAGCCUCCUCACCCAGACAUCCAAGAACGUGGGGUCGAGGGGAGGCUCUGUGCACCCUGCCACUCCACCCCAGUGGACAACCCAAGCAAAAGGCUGUCAUUCAACAACUUUUGAAGUGGCCUUUUCCUUCCCUUCUCCCCUCCUCCCAAACCCCACCU